AGACAAGGCUGCACCCGGCUUCCCUUCCACAGGGAGACCUAAGGGCACCUCUCCCCGCGCCGCCCGCGCUUCCCGGAGCCCCGGAGUCGCGACACCCCAGGGAUGUGAGUGCGCCCCCGACCUGAGGCCCGCGCUCCACGCUUAGAUCCGCGGCCUGUGCCCCAGACGACCCCAGCCUGCAGCCCCCGCGCCUUCCUGAGGCCCGCCUGGAGCAUGUUGCCUGCGGCCAUGAAGGGCCUCGGCCUGGUGCUGCUGGCCGCUCUGCUGUGCUCUGGCCCCGCUCAUGGCCUGUGGUGCCAGGACUGCACGCUGACCACCAACUCCAGUCAUUGCACCCCGAAGCAGUGCCCGCCGGCAGACACGGUGUGCGCCAGCGUCCGGAUCACAGAUCCCAGCAGCAGCAGGAAGGAUCAUUCUGUGAACAAGAUGUGUGCCUCGUCCUGCGCCUUCGUGAAGCGGCACUUUUUCUCAGACUAUCUGAUGGGCUUCAUUAACUCUGGGAUCUUGAAAGUAGAUGUGGACUGCUGUGAGAAGGAUUUGUGCAACGGGGUGGCGCUGGCGGGGCGCAGCUCCUGGGCCCUGGCGGGGGGACUCCUGCUCGGCCUGGGGCCCACCCUCCUCUGGGCUGGGCCCUGAGGUCCCCUCCCUCCCGCAGAGCUUCUGAACUCGUCCCGCCAGACCUGAGCCUGUGGCUGCCCCCUCCCCAGCCUGGCCUGGCUGAAGCUGGGGGCAGCCUUGGCCUGUCCACAGUCUGUGGCCCCCGCCCCUCCCUGUCUCUCCACCAGCUCCAAGUCCCAGCCAGCAGGACAUCUCCAGGAAUCAGGCGUCCAGCAGGAGGCUGGGACCCCGGGCCUCGGAGGGGAAGCCAGGCUGAGCCAGGCCCCGCCCGAUGGCCUGGCUGUGAGGGCAUCCUCUACGGAGAAGUAAAGUCACUUCUGAG